AUGUUUCCGGACAGCCAGAUAGCCAGCAAGUUUUCCUGUGGCGAGAAAAAAUGUGCUUACUUAGCUUGUUUUGGCAUAGCACCCUAUUUCCAACGUAAGCUUACGGAUGAAGUCACAAAACUUGAAUUGUUUGUUUUACUUUUUGAUGAAUCGCACAAUAAAGUUACCCAAACCAAGCAGAUGGAUCUGCAUGUUAGGUUUUGGGAUGCAAAGAACUCCAGAGUGCAGACAAGGUACCUAACCUCUGUAUUUCUGGGACAUGCUACAGCCGACGACCUUUUGGAAAAGAUCGUUAGCUACCUUGAUAGUAUCAAGAUUCAGAAGUCCAACAUAUUGCAGUUGUCAAUGGACGGGCCUAACGUGAAUUGGAAACUGCAUGAGCUAUUCCAGGAACUGAUCUCUGAGGUUGACGAAAACGCACCCAUCUUAGUUAACGUAGGCUCUUGUGGACUUCACAUUGUACACAAUGCUUUCAAAGCUGGAUCAAAGGCAUCUACUUGGAGCAUUCAGGAAGUUCUGUCUUCUCUUCAUUGGUUAUUUGUGGAUUCACCAGCACGAAGAGAGGAUUACACAGAAAUAACCAGCAGUGUUGUAUUUCCAAUUAAGUACUGCAAGCACAGAUGGCUGGAGAACCUGCCAGUUGUAGUACGGGCCCAGGAAAUAUGGAAAGAAGUCACUUUCUAUGUGACAACGGUGCAACGUAGCAGCAAAUAUAGUGUGCCAACUUCAAAGUCCUACAAGACGAUAAGAGAUUCAACCCAAGAUCCACUAAUGCCUCUCAAAUUUGCUGCUUUUGAGUCAGUGGCUAAACAGCUGCAACCAUUUCUGGUACAGUUCCAAAGCGACAGCCCUCUUACCAUUUGUGGCCAGCAGUCUAGAGAAGGUGAUUCGUGGUCUCAUGAAAAGGUUCGUCAAAGCUGAUGUACUCCAGGGUGCCAGCUCUGCAGUAAAGCUUCUGAAGAUUGACUUCAAGAAGAGGGAGAAUUGCCUUGACGUGGAGAAGUUGGAUGUUGGUUUUGUUGCUGCCACGAAGCUGAAAGAAUUGCAAGCAGCCAAGAAAAUCAGUGAUCGUCAGACAUAUGAAUUUAGGAAGGAAUUCCAGUCGUUCCUUACAGCUACAGUUGGAAAACUUAUUGAGAAGACCCCAAUUGCCUAUUCCCUUGCCAGGAACCUGUGCUGUUUGGAUCCGAUUCAUAUUGUGACAGAGAAAGAAGCAAGCUGUGCGAGGUUCAAGAUUGUCCUCAAGAAAUUGGUAGAAUGCAAGAGGGUUGAUAUUCAUGAUUGUGACAUUUUGUUGUCACAGUACAGUGAAUUUACGGAACGGGCUACACAGGUGCACAAGUCUGAGUUUGAAGACUUUGACUUUACAGAUCAGAGAUUGGAUGCAUUUCUCCAAAAACACAUUGGUCUUGUCGGUUCACUUUCCAAACUGUGGGACGUUGUGAAAUUCCUCUUGUGUCUCUCACAUGGGCAAGCAAGUGUAGAAAGGGAUUUUCCGUUAACCGACAGCUAA